UGUCUCUAUAGAGAAAAAAGAGUUCUUAAAGUAACGGACAGAUGUGACCAAUAUGGGUUUUGGGAAGAGGUGUAGGAAUGCAUUUCACCAUGAUUGGAUGGAGAAGUAUGGAGAUCAAGAUCCCAAUACAGACAUCUUAAUCCUACCCAAAGUAAAUGAACUUCGAGCUUUUGAAAGCCUAAGUGGAAAGACUUUUAGCCGAAAGAAAGAGACUCGAGUCACAGUGUGUCAAUUUUGUGUGGACCUGUUGUACUGUAACCAUCCCCAUAUAGUUGUUGAAGAGAGCUCGCCACUACAUGGACACGACUAUGCAACACCAGCAAGAAACAGACCAAAAAAGAGGCGUCUUGAUAUGGAUACUCCAGAGCAGCUUGACAGCACAGCCUUGUCCGAUGUGAAUGACAUUGACAAUCUCAGUGAAGAGGAUUUCCAAAAAAUGGUAUUCAGGGUCGGGGAAAGGAUAGCAGAGACAUUGAAAAUGCCACAAAAGCAAAGCUCUAAGACUGCUGAGGGGUUAAAGAGAUUCAAUCUAGAGAGCUAUCUAACAGAGUUUGAUCCCACAGUACAGAAUUUCUUAGAAGGAUUGACCAGUCAAAAGAAGAAAAGGGAUUAGGACCUGUAUCAGAAAGCCAAAGUUGUAGAGUAUCUUCUCCACCUUCUGAAUCCCCACGUCGUAUUGCCACUUUGCUUCAUGGAGAACCUGUUGUUAUACAAUAUAACAAAUAGCAAGAAGGCGGUCAAUCUUCUGGGUGACAGUGGGCCUUAUGGGUGCUACGAUACUGUAAAGGAGUGGCUGUGCAACCAAUCAAUGGAUCCACUGCCCUUUCCUCAAAAUGACUGUGUUGUCAUAUUUGAUAAUAAUCAAGUAAUUGGUCGUUCAUGGAGAGUGAAAGUGAACAACAAAGUGAAGUCCUCAGUUGUCACCACAAUCUGCCAGAUUGAAUUUCCUGAUCAGAAUUUACAGCGUCAAAUACAUCUGAAGCCCAAGUUCUGGAAUGUUAAUACCAAUCAGCUUGUCAAGUGCGUCAGGGAUAUUCCAGAAGAAGUUACUGAUGUUCACUACAAACACUUGUACGAAGCCUUGGCCGCAAAUCUAAAGCUGGUAGUAGAACAGCAACAAUGUCUUGAAGCAAACAACAGUUACCAAGAUCCCAUUGAUCUUCAGGUCACACAGCAGAGAAAGGAAGAGGCCACAAAAGUUUGCUGCCAAUGUGGACAUGUAAAUUUGAGGACGAAGAGAAUUUGUGGAGCAUGUAAAGCCAACCUUAAACAAGCGGAGGCUGCUUCUGUUGAUCCAGAUGGUCUGGGGACUUAUACAGCCAGAUGUAGAGCCACAGAACGAAAGAUGAAAGAAGUUCGAAUGACAGCCUCCAAAACUGAUGAUGGCCAGUAUAUCAUUAGGCAGGCUACUACUUCUAAUGACCACUGCCAGUCCAACAGCAAACAUCCAGACACAUCACCACUGCUGACCCUGAGCGAUCCCUGUUUUGUCAACCCUAACUCCUACAACUCUGCAAGAACCAUCUUGAGGCAGAUAGGUGUUCAGGGAGGCAUCAAACAAUACUCUAAGGAAGGAGACAGGGAAUGGCUGUUUGUCGUAUGUGAUGGUUUGCCAUUUGGAUUGUGUAAGCAGGUCAUCAACAACACCUACCGGUGCCAACACUGCACAGAUUCAACAGAGUACUUCAAUUCCAGAGAGGAGUUUUGUGAGCACCACCAAGAAGCACAUCCCGAUAAGACAGAGAAAGGUUUCCUUGAGUUCGAGUGGGUGGUUCUACGACCAGGUAAUGGCCACUUCGAGAUGAACAUGUGCAAAACAUUUGUAGAGCUAAAUUGGGACGUGUUUUUCUCGGACCUCUGCAGAAUUAUGGGAUUCCGGUCUGAGAAUGCACAACGUGCAGCUAAGAAAUGCAGCGACCAUCACAAGACAUGGAGCCUUCUAAAGAUUGCACAUGAAGGGACCUUGCAAGAACUCAUGGUGCCAUAUGUUAGGAAAGCAAUGCAGGAAAAGAGAAUGAUAAGUCCCAGAGGAUUCCUAAAGUUUGUGAUGGUGGAAGCCAAGAACCCAAACUAUGUGUACCUUGCCACAAUGACUAUGACGUACUUGCAGGCCUUGAAGAAUUUCAGAGCAGGACUUAGAGCAGGCGAUAUAGAUGCCAUCACUUCAGGAAAGGCUGUUUUUGCCCCCUUAUUUCAUGCCAGAAACCACCCUCACUACCAAGACAUAGAAAUGACGGAGGCCAUUCAGCGACAGUCUGUUCCAGCAGAAGUGGUGUCCUCAUUCAAUCAAACAGAGUCAGUGUGCCUCUCAGAGGAUAAGACAUCAGGUGAGGGCUUAGAUUUCAAGGCAGAGGUAGUCAAUAAGGAUGUACAGUCUUGGAUGCCAAGGGGAGUGCCUACUGGGGAUGAUUGGCUGCGUGUAACUCGAAACUUAGAGAACCUGAAAGAGAUCCGCAAACGAGCAUAUGAAAUGAUGUGUUCCAGUGCCACAUCGACGAAUCAACGAAGCAACCAGUCAACAAGUUCAAGAUCCAACUUAAGUGAACAGAUAUUUGCUUGGCGUGUACAUUUGCGCUCGAAGGACUACCUCGCUGACCCUUGUGAUGCAACAGUGGACCAUGUCUCCCUUACAUCAGAAGAACUGGAUCCAUCCCUUAUUGACAUUACAGCCCGUGCAGAGAAUUUAAGGAAGAAAUACUUUGAUAAACUUUGUCUUGGAGAAACCAGUGAAGACAUGGCACCUGAACCCGUGUAUGUUACCAAAAAAGAAAGAAUGGAGAAGAGCCUCAUCUCCAACAAGAGCAAGUCGGAAAUCUAUGACGUAAUUGUGAGUCUGUUGGAAACUGUGUGUAAUCCAGACUUGAAACAUUCUCUUAAACUGGAAUUUCGAGAAAUGGUGCCCAUUUCAAAAGUGAAGAAGUGUGAUUUGUUGAAGUUUCGUGAAAUUGUUAAUGAUGUUUGUUCUCAACAGGAUGAUGUGAUUCUGCAAGAGGAUAUGUGAUUUUGAUUUUUGUGUGACAAAGCUAUAGCUUUGUGAUAUGUGAAUCUGCAUUAUGUGAUUCUUCUGGAGUAUAAUUAUAUAAUUUUUGUGCAAACAUUGUAACAGAGCAAUUAGCUUUAGGAUAUGUGAAUCCGCCAUUCUGUGAUUCUUAAAGAGGAUUUUUUACUGUUUUUUUUUUGUGUUUGUGAAAACGGGUUUGUGAAUUUGCCAUUAUGCUACUUUAAAUUUAUUUUUUAGCUGUGAUAUCAUAAUCUGUCAUAACUAUUAUUGCUACCAGAAUUAAG